UGCCGGGCACGGCCCCUCGCCGUGACACGCCGCUGCCGACACGCCGCGCUGGAGCGCUGCCGGUCGGGCGGUGAGAUGGCGGCGGUGCUGUGGCGGGCAGCAGCCGGGCUUCUUAGCAGAUUGCAGACUUCAGCUCCCACAGUACCAACUCUAUCAUCAUCAAAGUCCUUUUCACAAAACAUUCCAAACUCUUUAUGGAAACUGGGCCGACUUAAUCACGUGGCAAUUGCAGUGCCUGAUUUGGAGAAAGCUCAGUCCUUGUAUAAAGAUGUGUUAGGAGCCCAGGUGAGUGAGAUUGUUGCUCUUCCUGAACACGGUGUCUACACUGUUUUUGUGGAGCUGGGAAACACCAAGCUGGAACUUCUACAUCCAUUAGGAGAGAAAAGUCCCAUUGCAAGCUUCCUACAAAAAAACAAGACUGGAGGAAUGCAUCAUAUCUGCAUUGAGGUUGAUGACAUAAAAGCGGCUAUGACAGAACUGAAGGAAAAAAAGAUACGAAUAUUGAGUGAAGAGCCAAAAAUAGGUGCACAUGGCAAACCUGUGAUUUUUCUUCACCCUAAAGAUUGCCAUGGAGUCCUUGUGGAACUUGAGCAAGCUUGAGCUGCAAUAUUCAUAAAUAAAACAAUAGAAGAGUUGUGAAGUUCCUGAGCUGCUGCUGGGAAUAUUGAUGUGGUAUUCAGUCUUUACUGGUUCAGUGUAGUUCCCAUGGAUGAAGUACAGCUUUUGAGUACUGAAAUAGUGCUACACAUUUAGGGUCUUUUUUGUUGUUGCUGAUCUGAUUUUCAGAAUUAAUAUGUUGUCAUUUCUUGAAUUCUCUGUGAUUCUAAACACAAAUACAUGAGCUAAGUUACAUAUGUGCCAUAAUUUAUCUUUUGUUGCCUGUUUGCAGCAUGAUUUUACCUCUUUAGCCACAGAAACUGUACAGUUUCUAGGUCAAGCUACAUUAUUUUGCUCCACAUUUCAGAGCAGAGACCCACUUCUCAGUGACAACAAUAUAGCUUAGACAUUUUUGUUAGAAAUGAAGGAAAACAAACAUGUUUUCUGUUUUCACCAUUCACCAUCUGUGCCUCACACUGAUUGAUUGGUUCAUGCAAUAAAAAAACAUAUAUUAUUGUA